AUGGGGACCACAGAUCUCCAAUCCACAUUAUGGAUCAUCUAUUUGGUGCUUCUGGUAUGUACUCUCACUCAAACAUGUUUGACUGUCAAAAAUGUCAACCGCUGUGUUCAUGUUUCAGUGGGAGGAACUCGAAGCGAGACCGUGUGCACCACUUGGGGAAACUACAACUGGAAGACCUUUGACGGAGAAUUCUUCAGCCUGCCAUCCAGCUGCAGUCAUGUCCUGGCGUCGCAGUGUAAGGAAUCCUACGAGAGCUUCAACAUCCAAAUGAGACGCACAGCAGAGUACGGCUUCCCAACGAUCAGCAGAAUAGUCAUGAGGCUGGAUGGUGUCGUUGUGGAGCUGACGAACAGUUCUGUGGAGGUCGAUGAAAAGACAGUGACUCUGCCACAUACUGAAUACGGUGUGACCAUCAAAAGGACCACCUCUAAUAUCUUUGUUGACUCCAAGCUGGGACUCAAAGUAAUCUGGCACCUGGAGGACUCCCUGGAGAUCGAAAUGGAUGAAAAAUACAAGAAGCAGACAUGUGGACUCUGUGGGAACUUUGACGGCAUCGCCAAUGAUUUCAUCAUGGACGGGGCUCCACUUUCUGUCACAGACUAUGCUGAGAACAACCAGGUGGACGAAUGUGAUGAGCAGGAGCAGACCCAAGAGCUUAGCUGUGGGGACGAGCAAUUCUGUGACAACAUCUUCUCCAGCGUUCCCUUCAGCAGCUGCAAAGACCUCUUGGAUGAGAAAGCCUUUGCUGAAAUCUGUACGGCUGAUAUGUGCUUCUCUGAAAACAACACUCACCACGUGCUCUGCCAGACAGUCUCAGAGUUCUCCAGACAGUGUGUGCAUGCAGGCGGCUCGCCCCAACAAUGGAGGACUCAAUCUUUUUGCUACAAGUCGUGCCCAUACAACAUGGAGUUCAUGGAGUGUGGCAGUUCAUGUCCUGACACCUGCUCCACACCUCAGGCCAGCAAGAUAUGUGAUGACCACUGUCAAGAUGGCUGCGGCUGCCCUAAAGGAACGGUCUUAGAUGACAUCGCUCAAAGUGGAUGUGUUGCAGUGGAUCAGUGCCCGUGUGUGCACAACCUCCAAGUCUACAUGCCGGGACAGUCCUACCAUCAUAACUGCAGAUCCUGUACGUGUACUAGUGGUCGAUGGAAGUGCACGGAGGAGAACUGUCCAGGAACCUGCUCUGUGAUGGGAGGAUCUCAUGUCAACACCUUUGAUGGCAAAGACUACACCUUCCAUGGAGACUGCUCCUAUGCUCUUGUCAAGCAGAGUAAUGGCUCUUUAUUCACGGUGCUGGUGGACGUGGAGAGGUGCGGUACAUCCGACAGUAAGACCUGCCUCAGCGCUGUGACUGUAGCCUUACACAGCCAUGCUCUGGUGAUGAAAAUCCAUUCAUCUGGGCAGGUCCGUGUGAACCAGAUUCUUUCUGAGCUUCCUCUGUCCAACACGGAGCUCACAGCUUUCAUGCAAUCAUCCAUCUACAUGUUUGUUACAAUCAAGAUGGGCAUCAAGAUCAUCGUCCAGCUGUCCCCGAGGAUGCAGGUCUUUGUCACGGCAGAUCCCUCUCUUAGAGGAACCAUGAGUGGUUUGUGUGGAAACUUUAACAGCAAAAUGAACGAUGACUUCACUGGGAGUUCUGGUCUGGUGGAGGGCACCGCCGCAGCCUUCGUUAACAUGUGGAAAACCACGGCCAACUGUCCCGACAUACCUCCACACUUUGGACAUCCCUGUAACCAUGGCAUCAACAAUGAAAAGUUUGCACAGUAUUGGUGCUUCACACUGAUGGAUCCCAAAGGAGUGUUUGCACCGUGCCACUACGCCGUCGACCCUCACACGUACAAAGAUAUCUGCAUGUAUGACAGCUGUAACUGUGAUCAAAGUGAGUACUGCAUGUGUGCCGCCGUCUCUGCAUAUGUGUUCGCCUGCUCAGCAGCAGGAAUCCAUCUCAUUGGUUGGCGUAAAGACAUCUGCCAAUACAGCAUAUGUCCAGCGACCAAAGCCUAUCAAUACAACAUGACAACCUGCCGACGUACCUGCCGAUCGCUCAGCCAACCUGACUACUCAUGCCAGGCCGGGCUCACCACAGUGGACGGCUGCGGCUGUGUCGAGGGAAGCUACAUGAACGACAUGGGCCAAUGUGUGCCCAUUAAAAACUGUCCCUGCUACGAUAAAGAUGACAUCAUUCCUGCAGGACAAACUGUGACAAGAAAUGGCCACAACUGUAUCUGCAGACAUGGAGCUCUCAGCUGCUCAGGAGGAUCACAACAAGGCUCUCUGAAGUGCGUUUCUCCCAUGGUUUACUUUGACUGCUCCGGUGCUCAACCCGGGGAAACUGGGACUGAGUGUGAGAGGAGCUGCAGCAAUGUGGACAUGACUUGUGUCAGCACAGGCUGCACGUCCGGCUGCAUGUGUCCUGAAGGCCUGGUGUCAGACGAAGCAGGACGCUGCAUCAAAGAAAAUGAAUGCCUGUGUGUGUACAAUGGGCAGGUGUACCAGGCAGGACAGACUCUGACUGUGGGCUGCAACACUUGUACCUGCCAUGGAAGGAAGUUCACAUGCACCAACAAAGUGUGUGAAGCCGUGUGUGGGAUCUACGGCGACGGGCACUACACCACGUUUGAUGAGAAGAGGUUUGACUUCAAUGGACAGUGUGAAUACACACUCCUCCAGGAUGGCUGCAGAGGGGGUCAGGGCAAUGAAAGCUUCAGGAUAAUCGCUGAAAAUGUUCAAUGUGGAAGCUCAGGAACCACCUGCGCCAGGACCAUCAAGAUCUUCCUGGGGCAAAAUGAAUUCCAUCUUAGAGACGGGAACUUCCACGUGGUUAAGGGCAACAGCCAGAUGUUCCCUGAUCAGGUGCACAGAAUGGGCGCUUUCAUUGUGGUGACGGUCGUGCCUGGACUGGUGUUGAUGUGGGACCAGAAGACCAGUCUUUAUAUUAAACUCAGUCCAGAGUUCCAGGGUCGAGUCUGUGGUCUAUGUGGAAACUAUGACGGCGACAGUCAGAACGACUUCACCACCCCAUCCCAGGACAUAGUGGCAGAUGUUCUUGAGUUUGGUAACAGCUGGAAGGUUUCAUCCAGCUGUCCAAAUGCCAAACGGAUCCCUGAUCCCAUUGCCUCCAACAGCUACCGCGCAUCCUGGGCAAACAAACAAUGUAGGAUCAUCAACAGUGUCACCUUCCAGAGCUGCCAUUCACAGGUGGAUCCUGGUCCGUACUUUGAUUCUUGUGUGAGAGACUCUUCUGCUUGUGACACGGGUGGAGACUGCGAGUGUUUCUGCACGUCUGUGGCUGCCUAUGCCAAAGCUUGUAAUGAAGUCGGUGCCUGCGUGAGAUGGAGAACUCCAAAUAUAUGCCCUAUCUUCUGUGACUUCUACAACGCCCCUGGUGGCUGUGAGUGGCAUUACAAGCAUUGCGGAGUUCCCUGCAUGAAGACAUGUAAAAAUCCAUCAGGAACCUGUUCCAACCUCACCACUGCCUUAGAAGGCUGCUAUCCACAGUGUCCCCAUACCCAGCCAUACUUUGAUGAAGACUCAAUGAAGUGUGUUACUUGGAACCAAUGUGGCUGCUUUGAUGACCUGGGCAACCAUUACGACAUUGGAGAUGGGACUCCAUCGGAAAACUGUUUCUCUUGUCACUGUACAGGAGCUGGAAUAAAGUGCCUCUACAACGUGAACUCUUCUACCACAGCUGGUGUAGAAACGUCAACCUCAGAGCCAGAAGGAACAACAGAGACAACAGUCGUAACAUCCAAACCCUCUGUUGCCAUAACAACUACAGCACCAGUAACUACAGCUAAAGGAACAACUGAACCAGUAGAGACAACUACUACACAAUGUGUCUGCAUUUCCGACGGAACAGCUUAUCAUCCUGGAGAUGUUGUGGAGAAUGUCGCUGAGGGUGCAGGCUGGUGUUUUGUUGCAUACUGCAAUACAUCUUGUAAAGUCGAGACACGCUCCGGUCCGUGUCCCUCUACACCGACACCAACCACAGCCCCGGGCACUACAACUGAAUUCAGCACCACAUAUACCACACACGGAGAGUCCUGGAUGGUUGAAAACUGCACCGUUGCUAUCUGCGAUAACGGCACGGUCAUAAAGAAACCGUACACCUGUCCACCGGUAGAACACCUCACAUGUGCCAACAGACGGCCAGCUGUUAAGGUCUUUAAUGAGAAUGGAUGCUGCUUCCACUAUGAAUGUGAAUGUGUGUGCUCUCUCUGGUCUAAAAAGCACUACAUCACAUUUGACGGAGUGGGUUACAUUUCCCAGCAGUUCUGCGAGCACUUCCUGGUCAGAGAGAUCAUUCAUAAAUCCAGCCUGUCUGUCUCGGUGGAUAAUCACAAGUGUGAUCCUGCAGACGGCUCGUUCUGUCCGCAGGCCGUCACCGUCUCCUUCGCGUCCUACGGGAUACUUCUGACUCAGCUGAAGGACGUGGGGAACGUGGUGUAUGUGAAUCAAAAGCGUGUCUACCCCGCCUACUCAAACUCUGACCUGCUCCUCACCGGCACAGAUAUGGCGAUCACACUGGAAUUACCUGCGAUUAAACUGAAAGUAGUUUAUAGAAACGAUUACUUCAGCAUUUACCUUCCUUAUUCUCUCUUCAGUGGAAAUACAGAGGGACUUUGUGGGACCUGUGACAACUCCCAGGUCAACGAGUGCUGUUAUCCCAAUGGAAGCUGCUCAGACUGUGCAGACACCUGGCUGGUCCCAGGUCUGCUCUGUGACGUCUCCACAACGACAACGACAACAUCACCCGAGACGACCGCAGGAACAACGGGCACAUCAACAAAGCUCCCCUGCAAACCGCCCGUCUGUGAACUCCUGACCAGCAGUGUAUUCGAGCUGUGCUCCUCAGUCAUACCCGUGCACCCAUUUCUCACAUCCUGUGAGACUGACAUCUGCAGCGUUGACAUCGGCAAUAUGACCUGCACCAUCCUGGAGGCCUACGCUGCUCAGUGUGCCGAUAAAGGAAUCUGUGUAGACUGGAGGAACGCCACCAAUGGGACGUGUGAGAAAACGUGUCCAGGAAACAAAGUGUACAACGCCUGCGGCCCCUCUGUAGAGUCGACAUGCAAUGACAGAUACAACGACAAGUACAACACAGGAUCCUCUCAGGAGGGCUGCUUCUGUCCUGAGGGCACCACCUUAUUCAACCAAGUCUAUGACACAUGUGUGCCUUCUUGUGAUUGUACAGGACCUGAUGGAAAACCAAAGCUGCCUGGUGGAACAUGGACGAGUGGCUGUGACGUCUGCGUCUGUGACCAGGACUCCAUGAGCGUCCAGUGUCAGCCCGCUCCAUGCCCGACCACACAGAUCCCCGACUGCAGCGAGGCCGGCUUUAAACUGGUCACCAAGACAGACGGCUGCUGCUCAACAUAUUCAUGUGAAUGUGACAUCGCCCUGUGUCUCCCUCCGAUGAGCUGCCUGCCUGGUUCCAAACUCUCUGCCACAAACAGAACCUGCUGCCAGUCCUUCACCUGUGUACCCGCAGGUGUAUGUGUCCAUGAAGGUACUGAGUACAUGCCUGGGGCUGAGAUACCAACACCUGAUUCACCAUCAGGACCAUCACCAACACCAGGACAACCAUCAGGACCAUCACCAACACCAGGACAACCAUCAGGACCAUCAACAACACCAGGACAACCAUCAGGACGAUCAACAACACCAUCAGGACCAUCACCAACACCAGGACAACCAUCAGGACGAUCAACAACACCAUCAGGACCAUCACCAACACCAGGACAACCAUCAAGACCAACACCUGGACCAUCAACAACACCUGGACAACCAUCAGGUCCAUCAACAACAGGAAUGGGACAGCCUUUUUCACCUGGUUCUUGUCAGAAGUGUUUCUGUGGCCCACAAACGGACCCAAUCACCAAUCUGAAAAUCAUUCACUGCAAACCCAUUGUUUGCAACACGACUUGCUCCGAGGGCUUCCAACACCUGGCUGUACCUGGAAAGUGUUGUGGGCAGUGUGUCCAGAAGAGCUGUUUCCUCAUCCUACCUGACAACACAACACAGAUUAUAGAGGUCAAUCAAACAUUUGUACACCCCGAUACAAAGUGCGUGCAGUAUGCCUGUGAGAAUAUCGACGGACAGCUUGUUACUAAGGAGAUGAAGACGGUUUGUCCUGCCUUUAACCCCUUGGACUGUGAACCUGGUACAGAGACAUCUGACGCUAAUGGAUGCUGCAGAUCCUGCAAGCUGCGCAGCGUCUGUGAAGUCCACAGUAAGCAGGAGGUCAUCGAGGUGAAUAACUGUAAGAGCCUGCAGCCGGUCGACAUGACGUACUGUUCUGGACACUGUGGAAGCACGUCCAUGUAUUCUGCCCCAGCUAACACGAUGAUGCACCGGUGCGAGUGUUGCCGAGAAGCGACGACCAGCGAGGGGAAGGUGGAGCUCGAAUGUGCGGACGGCUCCACGGUGGAGCACAGUUACACCGUCGUGGAGAGCUGUCUGUGCAGCAGAGCAGAGUGCGUGGGGGGGACAACGUAUGUUCCAAUGAGGCGCCGCGGGAGACCCUGACCCAUCACUCACUGCUCAACAGCGGACUGAUCCCUUUAAGAUCUUUACAUAUCCUAACA